AUGGAGAACAUGAUGCAGGGCAAUAAGAUCAGACGAGUUGCAGCUACUCGCAUGAAUGAGAGGUCAUCUCGAUCACACACGAUUUUCCGGAUUAUUCUGGAGUCGAAAGAUGCCAAUCAGAAAGAUGGACCUGUACAUAUAAGCUACCUUAACUUAAUGGACUUAGCUGGUUCUGAGAGAGUUUCUCUGACGAAAGCUGCUGGUGAGCGUCUUAAAGAGGGGGCUAACAUAAACAAAUCUUUGUCAGUAUUAGGAAAUGUGAUAAGGCAACUAAGCGAGGGGAAGGAGUUUAUCAGUUAUCGCGAUUCGAAAUUGACUAGACUGCUCUCACAGGCUCUUGGCGAUGUAUAUGGAUCUGUAGUAAAACCUUUAGUCGAUUCCUUCAUGGAAGGUUUCAAUGCCACAAUAUUUGCAUAUGGCCAAACAUCUUCUGGCAAAACACACACCAUUUUGGGCAAUAAAACAGAUCCUGGGCUUUUCCAAUUAGUAUCCAAUCAGUUAUUCCAGCAUGUGGCAGACCAGGUUGAUAAGAGGUACUUGAUUAGAUGCAGUUAUAUUGAAAUCUACAAUGAAAAGAUCAAUGACCUCCUGGAUAAGAGCAAUCAGGGUUUAACUAUAAGAGAAGAUAUCAAAGGAAAUGUGCUGCUUGAUGCAAGGGAAGCUGUCGUAGACAAUGUUGAUAAAGUUAUGGAGAACAUGAUGCAGGGCAAUAAGAUCAGACGAGUUGCAGCUACUCGCAUGAAUGAGAGGUCAUCUCGAUCACACACGAUUUUCCGGAUUAUUCUGGAGUCGAAAGAUGCCAAUCAGAAAGAUGGACCUGUACAUAUAAGCUACCUUAACUUAAUGGACUUAGCUGGUUCUGAGAGAGUUUCUCUGACGAAAGCUGCUGGUGAGCGUCUUAAAGAGGGGGCUAACAUAAACAAAUCUUUGUCAGUAUUAGGAAAUGUGAUAAGGCAACUAAGCGAGGGGAAGGAGUUUAUCAGUUAUCGCGAUUCGAAAUUGACUAGACUGCUCUCACAGGCUCUUGGCGAUGUAUAUGGAUCUGUAGUAAAACCUUUAGUCGAUUCCUUCAUGGAAGGUUUCAAUGCCACAAUAUUUGCAUAUGGCCAAACAUCUUCUGGCAAAACACACACCAUUUUGGGCAAUAAAACAGAUCCUGGGCUUUUCCAAUUAGUAUCCAAUCAGUUAUUCCAGCAUGUGGCAGACCAGGUUGAUAAGAGGUACUUGAUUAGAUGCAGUUAUAUUGAAAUCUACAAUGAAAAGAUCAAUGACCUCCUGGAUAAGAGCAAUCAGGGUUUAACUAUAAGAGAAGAUAUCAAAGGAAAUGUGCUGCUUGAUGCAAGGGAAGCUGUCGUAGACAAUGUUGAUAAAGUUAUGGAGAACAUGAUGCAGGGCAAUAAGAUCAGACGAGUUGCAGCUACUCGCAUGAAUGAGAGGUCAUCUCGAUCACACACGAUUUUCCGGAUUAUUCUGGAGUCGAAAGAUGCCAAUCAGAAAGAUGGACCUGUACAUAUAAGCUACCUUAACUUAAUGGACUUAGCUGGUUCUGAGAGAGUUUCUCUGACGAAAGCUGCUGGUGAGCGUCUUAAAGAGGGGGCUAACAUAAACAAAUCUUUGUCAGUAUUAGGAAAUGUGAUAAGGCAACUAAGCGAGGGGAAGGAGUUUAUCAGUUAUCGCGAUUCGAAAUUGACUAGACUGCUCUCACAGGCUCUUGGCGGUAAUGCCAAAUCAUUGAUUAUCGGGAAUCAUGUGGCAGACCAGGUUGAUAAGAGGUACUUGAUUAGAUGCAGUUAUAUUGAAAUCUACAAUGAAAAGAUCAAUGACCUCCUGGAUAAGAGCAAUCAGGGUUUAACUAUGAGAAGAUAUCAAAGGAAAUGUGCUGCUUGA